ACAAUUUCAUGAAGUAUUUCUUUCUCUCUAUUUUCCAUAGUCAUGCUUCAUCUUCCCUACCCUCCGCCAUUCUCCUGCUCCUUUCUACUUCCUUCUCCUUCAUUUUCCCCCAAAUUAAUUUACAGAAAUUUAAGCAUGAAUUCCAUAGAACCAACUAAAGAAACCCUAAUUUCCACCGACGAACAGUCCGAAAAUCACAAUGACAAUUCUUCCAAAACUUAUUUCGAUAUUUAUGGACCUCAGGCAAGAGCUGAGGUUGUGUUGAAUACACCUGAAGCUAAUUCUACUUUGAGUUUGGAAGAUGUUCAAGGGUUAGUAACAUGGGUGCUUGCUGAUGGUUUCAUGCCCCCUUGGGUAUUUAUCAAAAACAAGCCCCUCAUCCCGAAAGUGGCUCUUCUAUAUAUUCCAGGCCUUGAUGCAGCAUUAUACAUGUCGCACACAAAAAAGUUUAGCAAUUUGAAAAAGUGUUGUGGCAAUCCAAGGGCAGUUCAGGCUUUAAGUUGUUUAUUAGAUGGUAUUCAGACAAUUGAUGCGCUUCUGACAUGCAAGUUCAAAAGAAAAAGAGAUGAACCUGAUUUAGCCUCCAAAAAACCUGACGAGUCCUCUGUAAAAGAAACUAGUUCUACUCCAAACAAUAUAUCCCCAAUUGAGCUUAUGAAGAAUUUACCAUUCCCUGUCACGUAUUAUACUCUCACAAAAAAACAGCUGGAGGAUAAUGGAUAUUGCCUCAAUCAACCUGAUUUCUGUUCUACCUGCCCUGCACCUUCUGGGACUUCUCCUUGUGAAAUGUUAGCUCUUGAUUGUGAGAUGUGUAUCACAUGCAAUGGAUUCGAGCUGACGCGGGUGACACUCGUAGAUGUUAAAGGUCAGGUCAUGUUGGACAAGCUGGUGAAGCCAUCUAACCCUAUUGUUGAUUACAACACAAGAUAUAGUGGAAUAACACCCGAAAUGUUGAAUGAUGUAUCUACCAGUCUUGAGGACGUGCAGGAAGAAUUUUUGAAGCUUGUUUAUAAAGAGACAAUCCUGAUCGGGCACUCAUUGGAGAAUGACUUGCUAGCAUUAAAAGUAUCACAUGAUUUAGUAAUUGAUACUGCAGUAUUAUAUAAGCAUCCUCGUGGGGGCUCAUAUAAAACCGCUCUUCGGGUGCUUGCCAGAAGAUUUCUGUCGAAAGAGAUACAAAAUUCAGAGUGUGGCCAUGACAGCAUAGAGGAUGCUAGGACAGCUAUGGAACUGGCUUUCCUAAAAAUAAAAAAUGGGCCUGAUUUUGGCUCACCUCGACAAUUUUUGCGGAAGAAGCUUGUCAACGUGUUAAGUGAAUCUGGCAAAACAUCAUCAUUCAUUGAUGAUGUUUCAAUUGUGAAGCGUUAUGCUUCUGGGACAUGCCACGCGUUUCCUGUUUCAUCUGACGAUGAAGCACUUUCUAGAGCUUCUAAAGAGGUAAAAAAUGACAAGGUGCAAUUCGUGUGGACUCAGUUCUCAGAAGUAAAUGCCUAUUUGAAAAAACAAGCGGAUGACGACGAGAAAUUUAAUGCAAGACUAGCGGAGUUGAUAGCAUUUCUUACUUGUCAAAAUAAGUCUUCUGCAAAGAAGGGAAUAAAGUGUAGUAUACCAUCAACGUUCAAAGAGAUCCUAACCCGUACAGAUUCCAGAAUUUACAAGCUCUAUUCAAAUUUACCCGUAAAUAGUAUGCUUAUCGUAUUUACCGGUCAGGGAGAUACUGCAAUAAUCCACAGACUGCGAAAGAUGCUAACAGAAGAAGCCAAAACCGAAGUAUGCCGUGAAAAACUAAUAAAGGUCUUGGAAGAGCUACAAGCUCAGGCUGAAGUAGGUCUGUGUUUUGUGGGUAUAAAACAUUGAUUUCUAUUUUUCAGACUGGAUAUUCCACAUUAUGUGUACCAUUUGUAGAAAGAAAAAAAGGAAAGAAUGAACCAUAUUUUUGUCAAUCCUUUCUCAACUGGCCAUCCCGCCAUUCUCAGAGUGAAGAGCAUUAUCAUUUAUCAA